AUACCUUCCCAUGUACGCUGCCUGGUUUGUACGAGUGCGGAUUUUUUCUAACCUUGGAUCUCAGCCGAACGACACAAUGGUGCAUCAUUCCGGAUCUAUACAGUCCUUCAAGCAGCAGAAGGGCAUGCACACCAGCAUUAGUGAGAUACUGAAGGAGAAGACUCUGAAGCCGUCUCGUCGCAGUCUGCCCUGUCUGGCUCAGAGUCAGACACAUCCUCACAACCUUAACCACUUCCUCUCUGUGCCUCUGAGUCCGGAGCCCAAAGCAAACGCAAACACAAACACCAACAGCGUCAGUGCCUCCUGCACACACAUCACCACUCCACCUACAGAUGCUACCAAGGAUCAGUAUGUUGAGGAGAUGGAGACAGGAGCCUAUGAGUCCAGAACCGAUGAAUCUCUCCUCAUCCAGCAGAAGCCUGUGUCCAGAGGGAAGCUGGAGGCUCGUACAGACUCUGUUCGGGGGAAUAAUGCACCAACCCCUUCUGGACUUACGUUUCGAGAUGGGAAGAAGCGAAUUGACUAUAUCCUGGUGUAUAAGAAGUCCAGCCCUCAGGUCGAGAAGAGAUGCACUUUCGAGAGGAACCUGCGUGCAGAAGGACUGAUGCUUGAGAAAGAGCCCUCUCUGACCAACAAUGACAUCAUGUUUGUGAAGAUACAUGCUCCGUGGGACACGUUAUGUAAAUAUGCAGAGCAAAUGAACAUCAGAAUGCCUUUCAGGAAAAAGUGCUACUUCUCAGACUGGAAGAAGAAAACCAUGGGCAGUCGGUUUCAUUUGAGAUGUCGUCAGGUAAAGAGCUGGCUGCCGAGGAACCCAAUGAAGCUGGAUAAAGAGGCGUUACCUGAUCUGGAGGAGACAGACUGCUACACCGCCCCUUUCAGCCGUGCCAGAAUGCAUCAUUUUACCAUCAACAACAGGGAUUCCUUCUUCUCCAACUCCACCAGAAGCAGAAUAGUACACCACGUUCUACAGCGUACCAAGUAUGAAGACGGCAAGUCCAAAAUGGGUAUCAAUCGGUUGCUUGGCAAUGGCACCUAUGAGGCUGCUUUUCCCCCUCAUGAGGGCAGCUACAAGAGCAGGCACCCGAUAAAGACCCACGGGCCUCAGAACCACAGACACCUGCUCUAUGAGAGAUGGGCUCGCUGGGGAAUCUGGUACAAGUACCAGCCCCUGGACCUUAUACGGCGGUACUUUGGGGAGAAGAUAGGUCUGUAUUUUGCGUGGCUAGGCUGGUACACAGGCAUGUUGAUCCCAGCAGCACUGGUUGGUCUUUUUGUCUUCCUUUAUGGCCUUUUCACCAUGGACUCCAGCCAAGUCAGUAAAGAGAUUUGUGAGGCCAACACUACCAUCAUGUGCCCCAUGUGUGAAGUCAACUGCAGCGCCUGGAAAUUGAGUGACAGCUGUGUCUAUGCAAAGGUGACUCAUCUUUUUGAUAAUGGAGGUACAGUUUUCUUUGCCAUCUUCAUGGCAAUCUGGGCCACUGUCUUCCUUGAAUUCUGGAAGAGAAGAAGGGCGGAGCUUACGUACGACUGGGAUUUGAUUGACUGGGAGGAGGAAGAGGAGGAACUGCGGCCUCAGUUUGAAGCAAAGUACUCGCGGAAGGAGAGGGUGAACCCCAUCUCAGGCAAACCAGAGCCUUUCCAGCCCUUCACGGACAAACUCAGCCGCCUCAUGGUCUCUGUGUCCGGAAUCUUCUUCAUGAUCUCUCUGGUGUUAACGGCCGUGUUCGCUGUAGUAGUUUUCCGGCUCAUUGCCAUGGAGAAGUUUGCCUCCUUCCAGUGGGAGUUUGUGAAAAAGAACUGGCAGUUUGCCACCUCUGGCACCGGAGUCUGCAUCAACUUCAUGAUCAUUAUGUCCCUCAAUGUGGUUUAUGAGAAAGUGGCCUAUCUGCUCACUAAUCUAGAACACCCACGGACUGAGUCGGAAUGGGAGAACAGCUUUGCCCUCAAGAUGUUCCUCUUCCAGUUCGUCAACUUGAACAGCUCCACCUUCUACAUAGCAUUUUUUCUGGGAAGGUUUGCUGGCAGGCCUGGGGACUAUAAUAAGCUGUUUAACCGUUGGAGAAUGGAGGAGUGCCAUCCCAGCGGCUGUCUGAUUGAUUUGUGCCUGCAAAUGGGAGUGAUAAUGGUGCUGAAGCAAAUCUGGAACAACUUCAUGGAGUUGGGCUAUCCGCUGUUGCAGAACUGGUGGUCUCGGAGGAAGAUGAGGCGGGCCGGUGAACAAAAUAAUGUGGAGGGUAAAGAGCAGCUGCCUCAGUGGGACAAAGACUGGAACCUGCAGCCCAUGAACGCUCACGGCCUGGUGGAUGAGUACCUAGAGAUGGUCCUCCAGUUCGGUUUCACCACCAUCUUCGUGGCAGCAUUUCCUCUGGCCCCUCUGCUGGCUCUGCUCAACAACAUCAUUGAGAUCAGGCUGGACGCAUACAAGUUUGUAACACAAUGGAGGAGACCCAUGCCAGCUAGAGCAACUGACAUUGGUAUCUGGCAUGGUAUCCUGGAGGGCAUUGGAGUGGUGGCUGUCAUUACAAAUGCCUUUGUUAUUGCCAUCACCUCCGACUAUAUUCCUCGCUUUGUGUACGCCUUCAAAUACGGGCCCUGUGUGGACAAGGGCUACCGGCAUGAACAAUGCCUGAAAGGAUAUAUGAAUAGCAGCCUGUCUGUGUUUGACAUGGGAGAGCCAAAGAAUGGAAGUCAAUAUCAGACGCGAUACUGCAGAUAUCGGGACUACAGAGAACCUCCAUGGAGCUCCGAGCCCUAUGAGUUCACCCUGCAGUUUUGGCAUGUACUGGCCGCCAGACUGGCCUUCAUCAUUGUGUUCGAGCACCUGGUGUUCGGCAUUAAAACCUUCAUUGCUCACCUGAUCCCAGACAUGCCUAAAGACCUUUGUGAGCGCAUGCGAAGGGAGAAGUACCUGAUGCAGGAGAUGAUGUACGAAGCAGAGCUGGAGCACCUGCAGAAGGAGAGAAAGAAAAACGGCAAACGUUAUCACCAUGAGUGGCCUUAGCUGUGCCUAUCAGACUGACAUAUCAUACACACUCACACAUGUACACACUAAAACACACACCGUCAUGUGAGAGCACACAGAUGUAUAAAGGCACUGACGUGGACUUUCAGUGAACGUCCAUGCAGGAAACACACUAAGGCAGCAUAUUUGCAGAAUACACGCACUCAUUUGCAUGUCCAUCCUGCAGCUUUGGGUGGCUAGCUUUACUGAAUUAUAUGAGUCCACUGAUGGAUCAGAUUGUGAGACUUGUAAGGGUGGAGCUUUACCAGGGACAGGCCCCACCCUACUGGAGUGGGCAAUCCUGUUCUGCACAAAAGUCCUCCCCUGGGUCACAUGACUCGCCCGAGGUCCUCCCAUUAUCCUCUCUGUUCCCCCUGGCCACCCGCUGAGCUUUUUUAGCUGAAUGUGGCCGCUCUGGCUUGGAUCCUGGCACUUUGACUGUCUCUUUGCCCACAACUGCUGUUUCCUGACCUGGCCUUUUCCAGCUUCGCUCUCUCCUCUACCGCGUCACAGUUUUCUAAAGGGAACGGGACGCCUGUGCAAUUGUAUUGUUUACUAUGCAGACGAAUGGCUUUGGGGUUUUCUACCUCAAAACACGGCCCUUCGUCAUUCCUCUUAGCGCUCUCCCCUCUCUCUCUCUCUCUGUCCUCUCUCUUUCUUUAUAAUUUUUCUUUUUUCUGCCUUUCUUUCUCACUAUAUAUUGCUCUGUCAUUCUGUCUCU